UUUUAAGUUUCAAAAAGUAACUAUUUUAUUCCACUACCUUUUUCAUUCUUGUUUGUAAAAUCUCGUAAAAGUGUAUCUUUCUAUAUUUUAAUUAUGAAGCAUUCAAUCUUGUUAUCAAUUCAAGUUAUUUCGAUAUGGAUGGUUAUAAUAGAACACGAAGUACUGGCGGAAGAUGGAAUUGAUAUAAAAAUUAAACCAAAGAUUAGAACUUAUUCUGUUUCAGUCGAUCUGACUUCUGAGGAAAUAAUCGAUGAACACCACAGAGAUGCUCGUUCGCCAUCUUCCUGCCAAUUGCCGAAAUCUCUCGAUCACUCUCAACUAUACUGCAAAAGUUUUCCAUCGAAAAUAGAAUGUUUGCAAACCUGUGUCUUUGGAUAUACACUGAGUACUGGAGUGCAACAUAAGAUGAGAUGUUUUACAGAUGUUGGGCAAUGGACACCACGCCGAAUGUUCGAUGAUUGUAAACCAUUUGUUGAUUGUGGUGUCACGCUGCAACCAGGUGGUAAAAUGAAGUGCGCCACACAUUUUGUAGAUAAAGGAACUUCUUGUGACAUAUCCUGUGAGCAUUUUGAGAACAGACGCGCUGUUCCAAAGAAAACUUAUCGCUGCAAUAUAGACGGGAAUUGGACACCAAAAUUACCCCACUGUGCUAGACCUGGCUCUGGUAUAAUCCUUGUUCCGGAGCCAAGUGAAAAAGAACCGAAAGAAUAUUUUGACUUGAAGAAUGCAUAAAAUAUUUGAAAAAUUACUGUGUUUUAUAAAGUACAAUGUUAUUUUUUUAAAGAAAAAUAUCAAUAAAUGUAAAUUACAAUGUUAUUAAGCAA